UUCUUCUUCGUCAGCCUCCCUUCAAUCGCCAUAUUGGGCAACCGAGAAAAGGGCUCGUCUCCUCUUGUUUUUUUCCGUCUCGCUUUUACUACGCGGCGGCGGUGCGAGCGCCGGGGGCAUCACCAUCACCGGCGGGGCAGCGCCGCUCCCCGCCUGCGCGCUCCCCCCGCGCACCGCUCCUUCACCCGCCCGGGGCUCCCCGGCGGCGGCGGCUCUCGGGGCUCAUCCCCGGGCCGGCGCUUAUGCAAGGGCGCCUCCUCGCCCCUUCUGAGCGGGCCGAGGGCGAGCGGGGUCGAGGCGGAGCCGGAGAGUGGGCCAGCGCGGAGAAGAGACGCGGAGCAAAGCCGGCGAGCGCUGAGAAAUAAAAGGCGGAGAGCAGGAGGAGGAGGCGGCGGCGGCUGCGGGGGGGAGAGCAGCGAGCAAAACAACUGCCGCCAGAAGAAAGAGGGUGGGGGGAGAUGUCAAACGUCCGUAUUUCUAAUGGGAGCCCUACCCUGGAGCGCAUGGAAGCCAGGCAGUCGGAGUACCCGAAGCCGUCAGCUUGCAGGAACCUCUUCGGGCCGGUGAAUAACGAAGAGUUAAACAGGGACUUGAAGAAGCACUUCCAGGAGAUGGAGGAGGCAUACCAGAGGAAGUGGAAUUUCGAUUUCCAAAAUCACAAGCCGCUGGAAGGCAGGUACGAGUGGCAAGCCGUGGAGAAGGGGAGCUCGCCCGAGUUCUACUUCAGACCCCCCAGGCUACUGAAAGCUGUCUGCAAGUCCUCCGGCCGCCAGAGCUUGGAUGUAAACGGGAAUUGCCAAACCGUGGUUUUUGUCGGUUCUCAGGGAAUCUCAGAGGACACUCACUGUGUAGAUCAAAAGACUGGUGUUUCUGAAAAUCAGACGGACUUUGCAGAGCAGUGCACUGGGCAGAGGAAAAGACCUGCCACCGAUGAUUCCUCUCCUCAAACUAAAAGAGCCAACACAACAGAAGAAGAGGGUUCAGCAAACUCCCCCAGUGCCAGUUCAGUGGAGCAAACACCCAAGAAAUCAAGCCCAAGACGACAUCAAACGUAAACCGUUUAGAGCGGAGGAUGUGCGUGUCCUCGUUCAUCGGGUGCGGCGGGGGGCGAUGAAGCGAGGAAGAUGUAAAGUUGUAGUGGAAACGAAAAUACAUAUCGCCGAUCUCCGUGGGAUGGAGGUCCUGUACAAGCACUGAAAAAAAAAACAACAGCAACAAAACAACAACAAAAAAGCGCAAACAAUAACACUAAAAUUUUAGGCACUCUUAAAAGACCUGCCUCUAAAAGCAUUGGAUGUAGCAUUGUGCAAUUAGGUGUUUCCUUAUUUGCUUCAUUGUACUACCUGUGUAUAUAGUUUUUACCUUAUGUAGCACAUAAACUUUGUUGGGAGGGGGGAGGGAGUGGUGACCGAUUGGAACUUGCUUUCACAAUCUAGCAAGGAAAGAAAUGUAUGAAGAGAAGCAGUGUAGGGCUUUUAUUACUUAAAGAUGUAUUGUCCCUUUAAGUGGGUCUGCUGUGUUUUUUCCCUUUUUUUUUUCCCCUUUUUUUUAUGUACCAUCGUGGUAACCCUGCUCAGAGCAGAUUAUUACAGGCCACUUGUGAAAUUUCUUCCUACUGCAUUAAGCUGAAGAGGUGGGAGCUGUGAUGAUUCCGUUAUGUAGCAGCAAAAGUUAUCUGUUGUGCCCCCCCCCGACCUCAAAUCUGUGUAGCAAAUUUGAAUGCCUGUAAAAGUUGUGUAAAAUCACCCUGUUGUUACAUUGCUUGAUUUCCUAGGUUUUGGGGUUUUUGGGGUUUUUUUUUUUGGUUGUGUGGUGGUUGUUUGGGGUUUUUUUAAACUAAUCUGGAAAACUUUUGCUCUGAAUCUUGAAUAUUGUUGUUUUCUGAUCUGACCCACUUCCUGAAGUAUUUGUGUGUAAGGGAAAAGGGAUACUACAUCUUUACAGAGUAUUUCUACAUUGCCUGUGUACCUGUAUGUAAAAAUAAAAAAAAAAGUUUGAAGUGUACCUGUGUACAUAACUCUGUAAAGACACUGAGAAAUUAUACUAACUUAUUUAUGUUAAAAGAUUUUUUUUUUAAUCUAGAAGACAAUAUUUUUCCCCAUAAAGCCAAAGUGGCAUGUUUUUGUGCAUUUGUAAAUGCUCUAUUUGGUAGACUUCUUAGGUUUGGGUUUUUUUUUUUCUUUUUCUGAUAAUUAAUAUGGCUGUGCUUAAAGGAUUGCAGACUGAGCCAAUUUAAUUUUUUUUUUUGUAAUGUGUGGGAAAAAAAAAUCCAGAUUGAUAUUGUUUCACAUCAAGCAAUCAAUAAAGAAAACUGCCAUAUAUAAGAAA